AUGGUCAAAACGGAAGUGUUGCUUUUUUUGCUAUUGACGUGCUCGUAUUCGUUUUCAACUGUGUUCAACUUCUCGUCAACAACAGCAACAAAAGAGUGCGACAUCGAGAAAUGUAAGAAGAUCAACAAUCAAUGCUUCUGCUCUGACACAAUGGAAUGUUCCAACAAAGAAGACUCCGCGAUGUUCAAAGACUUAGUUUUCGAAUUUUAUCUCCCGCCACGAGCUUUUAUUAACAACCAAGUUAUCAAAUUGAACGUAUCGACCAUAUUCGACUUGUACAGUCCUCCUCCCAAAUUUGCGUUGUAUGUUAAUAACAGUCCAAAACCAUUUGUAAUGUCACUCGACAUUUGGAAUGAUGAAGAAGUCGCAUGUACACAGACAAAAAUGAUUUUACUCAACUCGCUAAGUAACUUUGGAAGUAUUUUGAAUGGAACAAACGAACUCAGGAUAGUGUCGUACUCGAACAUAUUCUGUGUUUCGCGAAUUGAAGUCAAUGUGUCAUAUGACAUACUAAACCCUGUCAUCAAGAAAAUCAAUCCCCCACUUGGACCGACUCAUGGAGGAACGGUCGUUAAUUUAUCUGCAGCAUUUUUAUAUCCCGAAUACGAGUAUAUGUGUUGUUUUGGAACAGACUGUGUAAAUCUCACCAAGUUAACGUUCGGACCGAUUAAUACGGGCUAUGAUUAUGAUGAUAUGGAUGUGUUGGAAAUGACAAACAAAGAGAUAGCAAAUCGUAAUGAUCUUGAAUUUGGAUUUGGUCGUUGUAUCUCACCGAGUGGGUCGAAUGGUUCUGUUGUGUUGAAUGUGAGUUUUGCAGACUUUGAUGUUGAGAGGACAUAUUUGAAUCCAAACAACGCAAGUUUUACUUUUUACAAUUUGAUAAUCAAAGAUAUCGACUUAACUAUCAACGCCGGAGAGUGUUAUGCUGUAGUUGUAGUUGAAGGUGUCGUUUCCUCAGAAACUUCAUUUUGUUUGAUGCGCAGCGAGUCUUCAAAUGAAACGAAAAAAUAUCGCGGGAGUGUGUAUGACGCCAGUGUGUUAUGUCGACUCGAAGGGUUUGAUUUAGAACAGGAAGUAGGUAACGUGUAUAGUUUUUCUGUAACUAUAAAUGGGUUAGAUUAUACUGAUGAAGUUGAUUACACUGUAAAACAACCGGGUGAUGUAUCAAAUGACAAAGGUUUUAUCGUUAUUGUCGUAUUUAUUAUCUUUGGUAUAGUGUUAAUCGUUGUUGUCAUUGGGUUUUUGAUUUAUAACAAAUUGAAGAACAAGACUGAUGAUGAAGAGUAUAUCAGUGCAGAAGAUGUUGUUCUUGGCGAUUUGUUAGGUUCUGGAAGUUAUGGGAAUGUGUAUUCUGCGUUAUGGAGAGGGCAAGAAAUUGCAGUCAAAUUAAUCCCGACGAAGGAUAUGUUACAGGACAAUGUGUUACAGUUUACAAAAGAAGUGCAAUUAAUGAAAAAAUUGAGACACCCAUGUGUCUUACAAUUCUUCGGAAGUGGCACUGAUGCCAAUUAUAUAUUGAUUGCAAUGGAAUUGAUGAGCAGAGGGUCUGCACACACGCUAUUAAUCAACUCACACUUAACAAUGAGUUGGGAUAGACGGCUUCGGAUGUUAAAGGAUGCUGCGAGUGGGAUGUUUUAUCUUCACUCUUCGACACCGCCCAUCAUUCAUAGAGACUUAAAGUCCCACAAUUUGUUGGUUGAUGAGAAUUGGAAGGUCAAAGUGAGUGACUUUGGCUUGAGUAAAACAACGGUUGAAGCGUCCAUGCCCGACGAGAUAUGUGGCACCUUAGCUUGGAUGGCGCCUGAAAUUUUGAUGCGAAAAGGACAGACAACCAAAAGUGAUGUCUACAGUUUUGCGAUAGUUAUGUGGGAGUUUCUUGCACGUAAGGAGCCAUAUCCGGACAUUCCUCGAUUCCACUUGAUAGAGAAAGUCGGCGAGAUAGGGCUCAGACCUGACAUCCCACCCAACAACCACAUCACUUAUUGUGAGUUGAUGCAAAGAUGUUGGGAACAAGAUCCAAAUCUACGACCGGAUUUCUCAGAGAUCAUUCACUUACUUGACGACUUCAUUAAAGAAGAGCCUGAGCAAUCGGUGAUCUCAGACAGCCCAUCUAUUUUUGAAGAAUAA